GUACUAUCAUUGGUGAGACUCUUAUUAGAUCUUGACUUACUUUUCUUGGCGAAAUCUGGACACUGAUGUUGCCGGGCGGGUCUCUUCCUGUCGUUGGCGAUUACGUAGACAAGAGGAAAUUGGAAGGCAUGUCUUGAGUGACUUGAGAUGAGUCAAUCUUCAGGAAAUGUCAGAUCAAGUCGUGGGAGCUGGAAUGGUUACAGAGGUCAAAACAGAGGUAGAGGAUGGUGGCGAGGCAGAGGAGGCAAUAAUAAUAAUAACCGAGGAUGGAGAGGAGGCAGUAACAGCAAUCGGGGAUGGAGAGGAGGCAGAUUCAAUAAUAACACCAAUAGAGGUGCUGGGUCCAGUCGUGGUUCAUACAAUGGAGCUUCCUCCCGACUAAUGGAUGACCCUUCCCCUUCAGGUGCUUUGCAUAGAGAACCUGUUCAGACACGUCUGGAGGUAGCAUCACCUUAUGCUGGCUGGACUCUAUACUUUCCUAAUCAAGGCUACUCAGACCACUCUCCUGUUGUUGAGAAAGUGCAGUUAUUUGAGAAGUAUUUUGUCAGCUGGAACAAGCUAUACAAUUGGGAUGACAUCGAACAGAAAGGCUUCUUUAUCAUUGAUUUCAAGGAGCUGACAGCAGACAAUAUCAUAAAGGAUGGAUGUCCUGCUUUAGAAUCAGAACUGAGGGACUCCCCGGAGAAUGUGAUUGCCUGCCUUGGUUUAGCAAUGCACCAGAUUGUGACUCACAAACAUCAGCAGGAGGCUCAAGCUCUAGAGGAAGAGUUGGGAGGAGCGAGAGAUAACAUAGAAGACUUUUGUGCACCUCUGAUAAAUGCAAGGAUAACCAACUUUGGAUCUCCCCUUGCUCUGAAAAACUUCAAAGCAAACUGCUAUGGGAAGUUUGUGUGUGUCAAGGGCACUGUAGUGCGUGUAGGGAACAUUAAGCCACUGUGCACAACAAUGGCUUUUCAAUGUGCUAGCUGCUCCUUUAUCCAGGCUGUGUCUUUACCAGAUGGAAAAUAUUCAGUGCCAACUAAGUGUCCUGCUGAUGAGUGCCGGGGGAGGACAUUCUUUCCUUGUCGAAGUCAUAAGAAGACGGAGACCAUUGACUGGCAGACUAUCAGAGUUCAAGAAAUAAUGUCUGAUAGCCAGAAAGAAGCUGGCCGCAUCCCGAGAACAAUUGACUGUGAACUUACCCGAGAUUUAGUGGACAGCUGCAUACCUGGAGAUAUCGUGACUGUCACAGGCAUAGUCAAGGUGAACAGUGUGGAGGAAGGCCGUGGCAAGAACAAAGACAAGUGCAUGUUCCUGCUGUAUCUCCAUGGCAACUCUGUGACCAAUGCUAAAGGCAACAGCAAGCGGGCAGCCAAAGAAAGUGGCAACUCUUCUGGCCUGGCCAUGGACUUCUCUAUGAAAGAGCUUUACGCCAUACAGGAGAUCCAGAGCCAAGAGAACUUAUUCCAGCUCCUUGUUCACUCUCUAUGUCCCAGCAUCUUCGGACAUGAGAUGGUGAAAGCCGGUCUUAUUUUGGGUUUGUUUGGAAGCAGUCAGAAGUUUGUCAAUGACAAGAACAGAAUCCCAGUACGUGGAGACCCUCACAUUCUAGUGGUUGGAGACCCAGGAUUGGGUAAGAGUCAGAUGCUCCAGUCAGCAACGUCUGUGGCCCCACGUGGUGUGUAUGUCUGUGGAAACACAACCACAACUUCUGGUCUCACUGUAACCCUGUCCAAGGAGAGUGGCUCUGGAGAUUAUGCCUUAGAAGCAGGAGCUCUUGUGUUAGCAGACCAAGGCUGUUGUUGCAUUGAUGAAUUUGACAAGAUGGGUUCGCAGCAUCAGGCACUACUAGAGGCCAUGGAACAACAAAGCAUCAGCAUCGCAAAGGCUGGCAUUGUGUGCAGUCUACCAGCAAGGACAUCUAUUUUGGCUGCGGCAAACCCUGUUGGAGGCCAUUACAAUAAAGGGAAAACUGUCUCUGAAAACCUUAAGAUGGGAAGUGCGUUGCUGUCUAGAUUUGACCUGGUGUUUAUCAUGUUAGACAAGCCAGAUGAGGAAAUGGACUGCAUUCUCUCCGAACAUGUGAUGGCGCUGCAUGCUGGCACGAAAAGUUCAUCGGGAAAUCCAAUGGCAAGCCUUCAACAUAAUCAGUUGAGUGACUCUCGCCUGCAGUGGGAGAGAGAUAAACCUCUGAGUGAACGCCUCAAGAGCAGCCGAGCUGAUGUGACCGAUCCCAUCCCUCACCAACUUCUCAGAAAGUAUGUGGGCUACGCAAGGAAAUAUGUACAUCCCAAGGUUGGACCAGAAGCUGCCAUUGUCAUACAGGAGUUUUAUUUAACCCUACGCAAGCAUCAUCAGAGUCAAGACAGCACCCCAAUCACAACCCGACAACUUGAGUCUUUGAUCAGACUGACGGAGGCUCGAGCCAGACUGGAACUGAGGGAAGUGGCCACCAGAGAAGACGCUGAGGAUGUGGUGGAGAUCAUGAAGCAUAGCAUGCAGGAGGUGUACUCGGACCAGUUUGGCUGGUUGGACUUCCAGAGGUCACAGCAUGGGUCAGGAAUGAGUGGCCGUUCUCAGCCCAAGCGAUUUGUGUCUGCCCUACAGAGAGCAGCUGAGCAAACAUACAAUAACAUCUUUACAAUUCAGCAGAUCAGACAACUUUCAAAGGACAUCGGGAUGCACAUUCCUGAUUUUGAAGGAUUCAUCUCAUCAUUGAACAAUCAAGGAUUCCUACUGAAAAAAGGACCAAAAGUUUAUCAGCUACAGACCUUCGGGUACUGAAUUCAAGCAAAAGCAGAUUUCCUUGUAAAUUUGAUCCUCAAAGGCGCUCACUCAAACAGAUAAUGCAAGAACAGGAAAAAGCCUGCUUUUUCCGCUAAUAUGUUGUUCAUGAUUAAUCUUGAUCUCAUUGCAUAAGAUUGGAUUACAUCACUUGCAUUCCUCUUUUCAUGCAUUUGUUAAUCUAAUUGUUGAUUGUUCCUUUUUUAUUUCCAUUUUUGUACAUACAUGUUCUACCAAGAUGUGAUUAAAAUGCUCAGUCAUUCAUGUU